AUGGCGCAGGCUGCGGGGAGAGCGAGCCCGCCGGCGGCGGAGCUCCCCAAGCUGCAGUUUGUCCCUUUCAGCAGCGCCUUAGACGCAGGCUUUUGGCACGAGCUGACCCAGAAGAAGCUCAACGAGUACAAACUGGAUGAGGCUCCCCAAACGAUCAAGGGAUACUACUAUAAUGGAGACCCUGCUGGUAUGCCAGCUCGUUUAACACUGGAAUUCAGUGCUUUUGAUGUGAAUGCCCCAACUCCAGCACAUUGCUGCCCUGCGGUUGGAACACUGUAUAAUACCAAUACUAUGGAAUCCUUCAAAUUGUGUGAUAAGAAGUUUCUUCUUGAGCAAGCAGCAAAUGAGAUAUGGGAUUCAAUAAAAUCAGGUGAGGCCAUUGAAAAUCCUGUCUUGCUAAACAGAUUUCUGCUACUGACAUUUGCAGAUUUGAAGAGAUAUCGUUUCUAUUACUGGUUUUGUUACCCUGCACUUUGUCUCCCGGAAGGAAUCCCUUUGAUUCAGCAGCCUGUGUGCCUUGCUGCAAGGUUCUCUCCAAUUCAGAUUCAAUCCCUUCAAAGUGCAUAUGAUGAACUUUGCCAGAAAGAAGGGCUCACAGCGUUGUCUUAUUUUUUAGUCAAGUACCAUGAGGAUUCAGUUCUUCUGUCCUUGCUUAAAAGCUGGGAUGAUUUCUUCCCGGAUCCAAAGCAAAAAAUGACACUUGCUGUUUAUGACCCUUGUAACUUUGCCCAGUAUCCAGGAUGGCCACUGAGAAAUUUACUGGUCCUUGCAACACAUCAAUGGGGCAACCAUCUCCGUACAGUUGAAGUGAUCUGCUUCAAGGACAGGACCAUGCAAGGAGCAAGAGACAUUUCACACAGCACAAUUUUUGAAAUAAAGUUUCCUCAAGUGACACUGAGUUUAGAUUGUCCAAAAGCUGUUGGAUGGGAGAAAAAUCAAAAAGGAAGUAUGGGCCCAAGAAUGGUCAAUCUGAGUGAGUGUAUGGAUCCCAAAAGGUUAGCAGAAUCAUCAGUGGAUCUUAAUCUUAAAUUGAUGUGCUGGCGGCUAGUGCCUACUCUUGACCUGGAGAAAGUUGUGUCUGCAAAGUGUCUUCUUCUAGGAGCUGGUACGCUGGGUUGUAGUGUAGCCAGAACAUUGAUGGGAUGGGGAGUCAGGAAGAUCACAUUUGUGGAUAAUGCAAAAAUCUCUUAUUCAAACCCUGUACGGCAGCCACUCUAUGAGUUUGAAGACUGUCUUGGGGGUGGGAAGUCCAAGGCACCUGCAGCAGCAGACAGGCUUCAAAAAAUAUUCCCUGGAGUGAAUGCUGAAGGUUUUAACAUGAGCAUCCCAAUGCCGGGCCACCCAGUGAAUUUUUCUGAGGUCACCAUGGAGCAGGCUUGCAAGGAUGUGGCACAGCUGGAAAAUCUCAUUGAAAUGCACGAUAUCAUAUUUUUAUUAAUGGAUACUCGUGAAAGCAGAUGGCUUCCAGCUGUAAUUGCGGCUAGCAAAAGGAAGUUGGUCAUCAAUGCUGCGUUGGGAUUUGACACCUUUGUGGUGAUGAGACAUGGGCUAAAGAAACCCAAGCAUCAAGAGGUGGGCGAUUCUCCUUGCAAUAACCCUGCUGGAUCAGCGGAUCUUUUAGGAUCAUCACUAUUUUCAAAUAUUCCAGGCUAUAAACUCGGUUGCUAUUUCUGCAAUGAUGUUGUAGCACCAGGUGAUUCCACCAGGGAUCGGACGUUAGAUCAGCAAUGCACAGUCAGUCGGCCGGGGUUAGCCAUGAUAGCAGGAGCCCUUGCGGUAGAAUUAAUGGUAUCAAUAUUGCAACAUCCAGAAGGUGGUUAUGCUGUUGCUAGCAGUAGUGAUGACAGAAUGAAUGAACCUCCCACCUCUCUCGGGCUUGUGCCUCACCAGAUUCGAGGUUUUUUAUCAAGGUUUGAUAAUGUCCUUCCUGUCAGUCUGGCUUUUGACAAGUGUACCGCCUGUUCUCCCAAAGUCCUUGACCAGUAUGAAAGAGAAGGCUUUACUUUCCUAGCAAAGGUUUUUAAUUCAUCGCACUCUUUCUUGGAAGAUCUCACAGGUCUGACUUUGUUGCAUCAGGAAACCCAAGCAGCUGAGAUCUGGGACAUGAGUGAUGAUGAAACACUCUGAAGAUCCUCAAAUGAAGUGAAUGACAGCCGCCCUUAGGUUGCAUUGGUGUCUUUUUAUCAGUCAUUUGAUGAGUUAAUGAUUGCUUACUUACUCUGACUGUUGCAGAAAUAUACAUUAACUCACACCUGUCAUCAGGAUGGGACAGUAUCUCAGUUUCACUAAGCAGUUCCACUGUGAGUGUAACUCUUAUUUUUAUUAUGUGCUUAUACAUCUUAUCUGUGACAAUUAAA